CACUUUACGUCCGAAGUUCACUCGAUCAAAAGGUGUUUCGUGUGUCUCUGAUCACAGUUUUGGUGUGUUGUGGAAUUAUAAUUAUAUUAAGUUGUUCAAAAUGUCACGGAAGCUGUUUGGUGACAAAAAUAAUUUCUUCACUGGCAGGAGACAUGCAAGGUUAGAGGAAGAGUACCCAGAAGGCCAGAACACCACUCCUUCAGAAGAGGACAGCUGUUGCCAUAGCCCAAAGAAUCUUGCCAUAGUAGGGGGCGUGGCUCUGAUGGUAAAGGCUAUUGGGAGCUUAGGCCUUGCAAUCUACGCCCUGCAUCUAAGGGAACACAGUGCAUGGGCUGAGGUUGUGCUUAGCGGCCUUACCUUGGUCGUCAUUACACCUAUACUUUUCUGGGGGAUACACUUCGAAAAACGUCACUACUUGGCCGUGUGGCUCCUGUGGAACUUGGUGGUAAUCAUCAUCGACAUCUGCGCCUUCGCCGUGCUCGUCCACAGCUCCGCCUUCCUCAGCACGCCAGUCGUAAUCGGGUUCUUUGCCAACGUGACGUGGAUCUGUCUGGCGUCUCGUCCCGUCUACGUCUUUUGGAAAGUGCUAAAAGCCUUAGACCCAUCUAUAGAAAGUGAAUCUCAUUUCUGAAGAAAACAAAAGAGUAUCGCCUUGCGCUUCUUGAAGUGAAAGAGGAAGAAUAGGAGAAGGAGGAAGAAGGUAAAGAGAAGGAAGAGGAGGAAGAAGAUAAAGAGAAGGAGGAGGAAAGAGGAGAAGGAGGAAGAAGAUAAAGAGGAGGAGAAAGAGGAGAAAGAGGAAGAUAAAAAAAGGAGGAAGAGUAGAAAGAGGAGAAAGAGGAAGAUAAAAAAGGAGGAAGAGUAGAAAGAGAAAGAAAGUAAAGAUAAGAAAGAAGAAGAGGAAGGGCAGAAAGAAGAAAAAGAAGUGGAAAAGGAGGAGACGAAAGAACAGGGGGGAAAUGACAACAAAAAUGUACAUACAUACCCCUCCAUAAAGAAACACGAAUAUCACCAUAUCUUAUCUUUUUUGUGUUGAAUUAUUGUGCCACAAUAUUUUCCUGUGAAGUGUGAAGAGUGAAAAUAAAAGUAAGAAGCAAAUCAGCACACACACACACACACACACACACACACACACACACACACACACACACACACACACAUGCAUGCGUACACGAAAUUUGAAUAGAAAUAUGUAAAGCAAUUGUUUGUGGAAAGAUAGAUAGAUAGAUAGAUAGACACAGACAGACAGAUUGAUAGACGAAUAGAUAGACAGGUAGACAGAUAAAUGUUAAGAAAAUGGAAAAUAUAUUUUAUUAAAGCGUAAAUAUGCCGCAGAUCAUUAAUAAUAAAAUAUUUAAAGUUCAAA